AUGGAUUGGCUCCCUCACCAAACGCCUGCUUUUCUGUUCCUUUUAUUGGUACUCUUGGAUUUCAGCACAGGAUUUCAUGUACAGGUAAAAGAAUGGGAUGAAAAUGGAAUGGCAAGAUGGAAAACCUUCAGAAGACAAAAACGUGAAUGGAUCAAAUUUGCUGCAGCUUGUAGAGAAGGAGAAGAUAAUUCUAAGAGGAAUCCAAUUGCCAGAAUCCGUUCAGAUUGUGAAGAAAACAAUCCAGUUACAUACAGCAUCUCAGGAGUUGGAAUUGAUCGUCCUCCCUAUGGAAUAUUUGUUGUUAAUUCAAGAACAGGAGAAAUUAAUAUAACAUCAAUAGUGGAUAGAGAAGUAACUCCAGUGUUUGUUAUACGUUGCUUUGCCAAACACUCAGUGACGGGUAUAGAUUUGGAAGAACCUCUCGAACUUCGAGUCAGAGUUCUGGAUAUAAAUGAUAAUCCUCCUAUAUUUGCACAAACUGUAUUUACAGGAUCUAUUGAAGAAAGUAGUAUGGACAACACACUGGUGAUGAAAAUAAUUGCAACAGAUGCAGAUGAGCCUAAUCACUUGAAUUCAAAAAUUGCCUUCAAGAUAGAGAGUCAGGAACCUUCAGGUCCACCCAUGUUCAUUAUGAAUAAAUAUACUGGAGAACUCCAUAUUGCAAAUUAUCUUGACAGAGAGCAACAUAGUAGCUACAGUCUUGUUGUGAAGGCAUCUGACCGGGAUGGAGCUGUAGAUGGAAUAUCAUCCCUUUGCAGUUGCAAUGUUAAAGUUAUUGAUGUCAAUGACAACUUCCCAACUCUUGCUCAAAGCUCCUUUUCAGCAAGUAUUUCAGAAAAUUCACUCAGUUCAGAACUGCUACGAAUACAAGCUCUGGAUGCUGACGAAGAGUUUACAGACAAUUGGUUAGCAGAGUUUUUCUUUAUAUCCGGUAAUGAAGAUAACUGCUUUGAAAUUAUUACAGAUCGGGCUACAAAUCAAGGAAUCCUUAGAGUAAUUAAGGAACUGAAUUAUGAACAUAUCUCAACUCACUCACUGACUAUUGGUGUCAGAAAUGUAGCUGCCUUCCACCACUCUGUUGCACAAGACUACAGAAUAUCUGGAACACCGCUCACAAUACAAGUAAAAAAUGUGAUUGAACCACCAAGAUUUCAUCCAACUUCAGUUGUGUUUUCCAUACCAGGAAGCACCAGAGCAAAUUAUGUUGUGGGAACAUACACAGCCAUCGAUGAGGACACUGGAGCUAUUGCAUCAAAUGUUGUGUACAGCAUAGGACGUGAUCCAGGUGCUUGGUUCAGAAUCAACCAAAAUACUGGUGAAAUCACACUGAACAAAGUUGUUGACUGGGAAUCAGUCUAUGUAAUUAAUGGACAGUACAAAGCAGAGGUUCUGGCUAUCACCAGAGGGGCUCCUCGAUAUACUGCUACUGGCACUAUUGUGCUUUCAAUGCAAGACAUCAAUGACAAUUGCCCAACUAUUAAUACUGAAUUAAGGAAAGUAUGUAUGCAUUCCCCAUCAGUGGUUAUCACAGCAAAGUCUAUGGAUGGUAGUCAGUAUGGUGCCCCCUUUACAUUCAGCAUACACGGUGAACCUCAAACUACAUGGAUUAUCAGAUCAAUAAAUGCUUCCUCUGCAGAACUAGUGAGUCAGAGCUUUGAUUUUUACCUGUAUAGGAUCUAUAUCAGUGUAAGAGAUAGCCAAGGCCGACGCUGCCUUAAACCACAUGUAAUUCCUGUGCAAGCUUGUCAGUGCGAUAGUCGUAACUACUGCACCAGUGGGGCGACAAAAAUAAUUAUCAUUGGUGGUGGCAGCGCUGGUGGUGGCGGCACUGGUGGUGGCACUGGUGGUGGCACUGGUGGUGGCACUGGUGGUGGAGGCAGCGCUGGUGGUGGUGGCAGCGCUGGUGGUGAUGGCAGCAUGGGUGGCGGCGGCACUGGUGGUGCUGGUGGUGGGGGAGGUCAGGAAGGAGGUGGUGGUCCUGAUGAGCCUGGAGAAAGACCACUCGAUGACCGCACAGAGUGGCCGACUUACACUGAUGCAUAUACUGAUAGUGGAGACUAUACAGGAGUCACUGGUGAUUAUAAUGGAAACGGAUAUUACGGCAGAGAUACCACAUCUGCUACCACACUAAGCGGCUCUGCCAUUGGUCUGAUGUUUCUUGGUGGAUUAAUAUUUGUUCUGAUUCCAAUUUUGAUGUCAAUGAGCGACUGUUGUGGCUGUGGACCUGGUGCUGCAGGUGGAGUUGGAACUGGAUUUGAACCUGUUCCUGAAUGCACAGAAGGGGCAAUUCAUCCAUGGGGAAUAGAAGGUGCACAGCCUGAGGACAGGGAUGUCUCACACAUUCUUGGCCCAACAACAGCUCCGGGAGGUGAUUUUUGUGAACCCUCUGAUAUAUAUACAAACACAUAUGGAGGAGGAGGAGGAGUAGCUUCUGGUGUUGAAGAAACUACAGGAGUUGGCUAUGGCACUGGUACUGGUUAUGGAACAGCUGGAGGAAUUUCUGGAACAGGAGAAGUAAAAGGAUCAAUUGGAGGAACAAUAAAAGAGUACCGAGAAGGAGGGGUGAACAUGGCAUUCCUAGAUAACUACUUCUCUGAGAAAGCAUUUGUGUAUGCAGAUGAAGAUGAAGGUCGGCCAGCAAAUGACUGCCUAUUAAUAUAUGAUCAUGAAGGAGUUGGUACCCCUGUUGGCUCUGUGGGUUGCUGCAGCUUUAUUGGAGAAGACAUAGAUGAAACAUAUUUGGAUACAUUAGGACCAAAAUUUAAGACGCUGGCAGAGAUCUGUCUGGGCAAAGAAAUUGAACCUUUCCCUGAUGUCAACCCACCCUGGUCAGGAGUUAACAUCACCUUUCCCAAUCCUGAAAGUGAUCUAAACCUCCCACCACCUGGAACCACCAUCAUUGUCAAUGGAAGUGCACCCAUGCCUCCUCCAGUUGGCACCACAACGGUUGUUACUGAAAACACCUACACAUCUGGGUCAACCAUACAAACCCAGAGGCCAAUGCCAGAUCCCUUGCUUCACGGCAACAUGACGGUGACUGAGACCUACACCUCUGGCUCCCCCUCUCUUUGUGUUGACCCUCUGAGAGCAUCCAACGUUGUUGUAACAGAAAGGGUUGUUGGUCCUGCAUCUGCCUCUGAUUUGCGUGGCAUGUUAGAUAUCCCAGAUCUCGCAGAUGGGUCCAAUGUUAUCGUCACAGAAAGAGUUAUUGCACCUAACUCUAGGCUCCCAACCUCUCUGAGCAUUCCCGAUUUGGUAGAUGGGUCAAAUGUGGUGGUGACAGAAAGGGUGUUCAGGCCUGCCUCUGGCAUGCCAGGCAGCUUAAUAAAUAUUCCCUCGGAGUUAUCGAAUGCCCACAACGUGGUGGUCACUGAGAGGGUAGUGUCAGGGUCUGGGAUGAGCAGCCUGGGGGGGACAAGCCUAGGUGGAGCAAAUCUGGGAGGCCUGGGCAGUGCAGGUCAGAUGCUUAGUGCUGACUGUCACCUUGGCCAGGCGAUUGGCACAGCAUCCCCUGGCACCUCCCGGAGAAGAGUGACAAAGUACAGCACUGUGCAGUACUCCAGUCAGUAA